CCAAUAAAUAGCAGGAGGGACCUUCAGCUUGAGCAGUCCCUUUCUCCUCCUCUUACAAUCAGCAUCAUGUGGAUCCAGGCCACCGCCCUGCUGCUCGCCUGCUGCCUCUGGCCAGCUGAGGCUCAGAGAAGACAAAGCAUCUGGGAUGAGCCCAUCAAAUUCAACACCAAGGCAAAGGAUUCGUGCACCAUGAUCAUCACCGGUCAAGGGGAAUACACAAGGCUGAGGAUGUCAUGCCAGGGCGCAAAACGCUCCUACUGGUGCGAGUAUGUGGGCACGCCACAAGCCUGCCGAGCUUACAGCAAAAACCCCCGCCACUAUUUUGUUCAGAUGUCCUGGAUCCUGAGGAAGCACUAUAAUGCCUGCCAGGCACCGAGGGAGAUCAAACCUCACAUGUGCAGGAUGGCCUCUGAUGACUCUCAGAUGAUCUUCUCAGGUGCUUCCUUCUCCCGGUCAGAAGCUCCUUCUAGGACAGAAGCAAGACCAGCAGUGCAGACCAGGAGACCUCAACGUCCACCUACACCUACGAGGCCUGAUUCAGCAAGGCAGGCAAACGCAAAAACAGUUCGAAUGCCACAAAGGGGAAAGACCACACAGGCCCCCAGUUCACAACCAAUAACAACGACAACUCCUCCUGUUGAGAGCACUCCUAAGAGGAUGGCUCGGCAGUACUGCUGGAGGUCACUACAAGGCGUCUGCACCUAUGUCAUUGGGUUGUUUCGUAGUUAAAAAGAUUUAGAAUUCUGAUGAAGAUAACUCCUGAUGUCUGAGUAAAACUGACCUCGGAGGAAACUUCCAGGCUAGUUGCAGUUUGUUGUGGCAGAAGAACUGUAGCACCAUCUUCUGGGGAAGCGGUGAUACUGCAGUUGCAGAAAUAAACCUGGAAGAACUUCACUACCUGACUUGAUAAUGCAUGUAUGAAAUGGUACUGCUUUAAGUUGCGAUAACGUAUGUAUUUAUGUUUGUUUACUUGUAUAUAAUCCUACUCAGUCACAUACCUUGAGAAUUACAUUGUUGGAAGAGCUGAGAUUUUGCUAUUUUUUUUUUCAUUCACAUUUAAACAGGUAACGACUUCUGUACUCAUCUUUUUGACAGAAAGAUAAAAAGAAUGUGAAAUGAUUACUUAAAAAAAUAAAUCAUAUUUCAAAUCA